ACAAAAAUAAACAAACAAAAAAAAAAACACUUAAAACAUUAAUAAAAAACUCUAUAAAGAUGGAACAGCGAAGUGGAUUAGGUUCGCGACACCGCUCGUGGUUGCAAUCCUUCAGGAAAACCCCAAAUUCCUAUAGGGAACCCGGGUCCCAGAAGAACGUGGUAGACAUGAAGUCCGAUUCCACGGGGCUGGAUUUUCGCAAGCGAAAGAGCCUCAAGGAGGUUACCGACCUGGAGGGUGAGAAGAUACUGGACGACAUAAUCCAGGACAUCUUCAACAAGAAGCUGGGCAUUACCACGCUCUCCAGCUCGGAGUGUUCGCUGGACGAGGAUAUGCGGGAGUCGAUGAGCAUGGAUCCGCGAUUGAAGCUCUGGUACGACACACUCCAGAACCGAGCCACCGUUCAGGCGAAGAUCCAGCGAAAGUUGGGCCGUCGUCCGCACGAGAUGCUGAUCAAUGUGGGCGGCACGGGAGCUCCCGGGGAUCGAGGUACCGUGGAGCGGCUUCUUGACCUCGCGGGUCGCAUGAAUCCCACGACCUUGGCCCAGAAGAAGCCAGCCGUUCUUCCUUCGCAGAUAAAUGCACAAUGCCUGGAAGUUCCUGAACUCCAGGAGACGCUUCCCCGAGCCGAGCAGUUAGGUUGGGUGGAUAUGGAGGUCAGUGGACUGACCAGAGCCACCAAGCAGGAACUUCUGGGCACGGCACACCCACCACCGGAGAAGCCCUCCCGUUGGCUAAAAUCACGGUUGCUGGAGGAGCACAUAGACCACAAAAGUGGCGACAUUAAGCGGGUUUUGCCUUUCUUCCCCGACUUGGACAAACUGGAAGUGGUGGGUGGCACUGUGCAGGAAUCCCUCAUCCGCAGCGACACCCCGCAGAUCGAACGAGUGUCCUGCAACUCGAUUUUCAGUUUGAGCAGCUCGUCGGAGAUUGCAGCAGAGUAUGUGAAAAAGGAAGAGCAACCUCGAGGGGCAGAACCUGACCUGCAAUCUGGGAUAGCCCGUGCGGCGGUCAAGAUAAACGGAGUGGUUUUCUUCAAUGCCGGCAGACGAGGUGUUGUGCCCGACAUCGCCAACGUUUUCUUCGAGUGUCAUCCGUUCCAGAAAGUGGUCAAGGAGGUAGCUCGCGUGGAGAACGUGGGCGUUCAGGUGCUCACCUGCCAGUGGGCAAUGGGCGAUUGCAAGAGGGGUGGGAAGUGCACAGCUCAGAGCUGCCAUAACUUCCUACUCUCCCAAUCCACCUUCACCGUUUUUCCCGGCGAGGAGGUGGUGUGCAACGCCCUCUUCCGCCCACGUGGAUGCUACCUCUUCAAACAGCGCUUCGAACUCCGCAUUUUUCCUAAUGUAAUUGGUUCGGCUCGCGGGGUUUUUGUGGCUCGGCUGACGGGACGAUGUGUUCCUGCACCUGAGUACACUAGCAAACUGCGAAGGCUGCAGAACACGAUUACUGAAAGGUCCAAAAAGCGGAUGGCCAAUGAUUUGACCGGGAUUCAGGCCUCCAUAGUGCCCCUCCUGAAGCCGCACGAAGUGGUGUGUCCCUAUGAGCGAAUCCUCGACGAGCGCGAGGUGUUCAAUGCCGAGAAUCCAGGCUACAAGUGCGAGCGCUUCGAUGACCUGGAGACCCUGAAGGCACUGCAUCAGGCACUAAAGAAACCCAGGGAGCCCACUUGGGAUCUGCGACUGGAAACGCUCCGUGAGGUAAUACUGCGGCUGCCGGACUCCAAUCAAAGGAAACUGCACUUCGCCAAGCUCGUCGAGGUGCUGGAGGAACUGAAACAGGGAGGCGGUAAAGGAUCCCUCACCCACUUUAGUCGGAGUGAGCAGAGGACUCGAUCCACCUUUAUCUACGUAAGGGGAUGUAUAGGGAAUGGCAUUCAGGAGUGGGAGGAGAUGAUGGCCUCGCUGGAGCUGAGUGGCCUCCGGUUGGAGGUCAAUCGGUUUCAGGUUAAACAGCAGGAGGAAGCUGAGAGCGCCGAGGAAGAUGAGGUGGAGACGAAGCCCUGGCUGCUACAUCUGCGCAAUGAAAAUCCCCGUCUGUAUCUCCUGAAGAAGCUGCGAUCCAGAAAAUCCUACAGGGAUAGCCUCUACAUGCAGACCUACUCGCACCUGUGUGACAUGGCCGAAAACGUGGUCUCAGUUAUCGAGAGCACCCAGAAUUCUUAA